GGCUGGUUUUGAAAAUUAGACCUGGCGACCCUGAUUAACGUAGGGCUAGUGCUGAGUCAGCAGCCAUGUUUUGCUUGUGUGUGUGUGGUUAGACGAGCACUUUAGCUCCCCCAAUGUGACAAUUGAACGUAGAAGUAGAUCAUUUAUUUGUAAUGCUGCAGAGCAAAGUUUUUGUGGCUGAAUGUAUAAUAAGCAGAUGCUAUAUAGAGGGUGAGUGGUAGAAAGUACAGGGCCGCAGUUGCAGCGCUCCUCAGGAGAGCACGAAGCUGUUGCAGUCCGAGCCAGUGACGAUCGAAGUGGCGCUGCCUUUUGCCAGUGCGUCACAGAUCUGAUUACAAGCUGAUGAGGUUCCCUUCAAUAAUUGAUUUGCGGGGCCGGCCUAGGAAGGAGGGAGACUGGCAGGCCCAGGCAUCGGCAAGCCAUUUGAGCGAAGCACACACAGCAGGGCGUGUUUCUAUAGGAGACCAACCUGUUGAGAAGUGUGUGUGUGAGUGAGUGCGCUUCCCGUCCCUCCCCUCUCUCGCCUGCGCUCGCAAAGCUUCCCAUUCAUCUGCGCUGUGUGCUUCAAAUGACAGCCCUCUUUUGUGUCAGGGUAAUUUGUUUAUCUACUGCGUGCAGCUCCCACUGCUUCCUCCUUUCUCUACUGCUUCCCUCCGGUCCUGUCUGCCUCUCCUUCUCUCUCUCUGAAAUCUGCUUCUCAUGCUAGAGGCCUAUACAUGGCAGUUUGCAUUGACCCUACCGCCUGCCUCACUCAGCACCCUGCUGGACCGCGGCUCCUCUUGCUGCCGCCGCUGCCUUUCUGCCCUAGUCUUCAGCAGCCUCUCGUCUGAAGGAGUGUCCAGCUUGUGAAAGCGGGGAUCUGACGAGCUUCUUUCUUCUGGUAUCGCUAACGGGCCUUUUACCAUGAGCCAUUCCACUCCAGCUACAGCUAAUGGGAACGACAACAAAAAGUUUAAAGGAGACCGUUCCCCCUGUUCUCCAUCAAGAGUCCUUCACAUCAGAAAAAUUCCAAAUGAUGUCACAGAGUCUGAGAUCAUCUCUUUAGGUCUACCUUUUGGCAAAGUUACCAAUCUUUUAAUGUUGAAAGGAAAAAGCCAGGCCUUUUUAGAGAUGGCAUCUGAAGAAGCAGCAGUCAGUAUGGUGAAUUACUACACCCCUGUUCCCCCUCAUGUCCGCAGUCAGCCUGUGUAUAUUCAGUAUUCAAAUCACAGAGAACUGAAAACAGACAACCUCCCUAAUCAAGCUAGAGCACAAGCUGCAUUGCAAGCUGUGAAUGCUGUCCACUCCGGUGGUCUGACACUCACAACUGUGCCUGGAAGUGAAGGUUUGGUCAUUCCAGGACAUAGUCCAGUCCUCAGAAUAAUUGUGGAAAAUCUCUUUUAUCCUGUCACAUUGGAAGUCCUGCAUCAGAUCUUUUCAAAGUUUGGAACUGUUCUCAAGAUCAUCACAUUUACCAAGAAUAACCAGUUCCAAGCUUUGCUUCAGUAUGCUGAUCCAAUGAAUGCACAUCAUGCCAAAGUGGCUCUAGAUGGACAGAAUAUAUAUAAUGCAUGCUGCACUCUGCGCAUUGAAUUUUCCAAGCUGACUAGCCUUAAUGUCAAAUACAACAAUGACAAGAGCAGAGACUUCACACGCCUUGAUCUACCUACUGGAGAUGGACAACCUUCUCUCGAUACCACAAUGGCUGCAGCUUUUGGUGCUCCAGGGAUUAUAUCCUCCCCAUAUGCAGGGGCUGCAGGGUUUGCACCAGCUAUUGGCUUUCCUCAGGCAGUUUUCUCCACAGGACUUUCAGUUCCAGGUUUACCAGGACUUGGACCUCUUGCUCUUACCACUUCUGCCAUCACUGGGCGAAUGGCCAUCCCUGGAAUGACUGCAAUUCCAGGUCAUUCUGUGUUGUUGGUUAGCAACCUAAACCCUGAUGUUAUCUUCCCUCACGGGCUGUUUAUUUUGUUUGGGGUCUAUGGAGAUGUUCAGCGUGUCAAGAUAUUAUUCAACAAAAAAGAAAAUGCAUUGGUGCAGAUGGCAGAUGCAACCCAAGCACAACUUGCUAUGAGUCAUCUAAACGGACAAAGACUUCAUGGAAGAGUUCUUCGCAUUACCCUCUCAAAGCACCAGGCUGUUCAGCUUCCUCGGGAGGGACAUGAGGACCAAGGUCUAACUAAGGACUACACAAACAGUCCACUGCACCGUUUUAAGAAGCCAGGCUCAAAGAACUUCCAAAAUAUCUUUCCUCCCUCUGCCACACUGCAUCUAUCCAACAUUCCGCCUUUAGUCACAGAUGAAGACCUUAAAAGACUAUUUGCAAGUACUGGAUGCUCAGUGAAGGGUUUUAAAUUUUUCCAGAAAGAUAGAAAGAUGGCUCUCAUUCAGCUUGGAUCUGUGGAAGAAGCCAUCUUGGCUCUAAUAGAACUGCACAACCAUGACCUGGGAGAGAACCACCACCUACGUGUCUCUUUCUCCAAAUCGAUGAUCUGAAUUCCAUUUUGUCAACUCUGACCCUACAUUUACACUCACCUUUUUAGACUGGAACACUGUUUCAGCAAAAGCCCUAAGACAAAGGCUAAAGAUGCUAGGCCAAUGCUGCCUCUUAUUACUGAACUUCUGUAACAAGGAGAAAACAGUACACAUGUAAACACUGACUACACAAUGCAGAAACCUCAAGACAUGAAAUAAUCUACUUGCUACCAGUGAAAGGUGUAAAUUCUACAUUUUGUGGAAAAUUUCCAAAACAUUUUUUUUUAUUUGCUUACUCUUUAAAUGACCUGUUCAUUUUUUGUUCCAAUAUAGCUUUAUGCAACAUCUUUAUGACAAUCACCCAGAUGUUAAAUUCUGAUUUUUGGAUGGCAGUGAGAUUCACAGCCUUCUUUUAUCAUCUUCUGUUUAAAUUAUUUGCAGAUCUCUCUGGACUUCACCCUUAUAAAAUGAUAUAAUGGUGUUUCUACCAAAUCUUUCCCAAUGAGGAGCAAUAAUUAAAUAAUUAUAUUUAAUCAGAUUUUAUCAAAUAUAUUGCCUUUUCAUAAUUCUCACUACACUACAGAAUGUAGUAUAGCAAAAAUUUAUUUAAACCUUUUUUUUUUUUUUUUAAAUAUUGGUCUGUGAACCAAUCUUUAAAUGAAAUGGUGCUUGCAGAAAUACAAUUAUAUAAAAACAUAUUUUUUUUCUAGUUGUAUUUUGUAUGCUUGUUUUGGCAUAUAUUUUUUUUCUGUGUAGGUCCACAGUUCUAUUUUUUAUUUUAAGAUUGCUCUCAUAUCAUUAGCACAUCUUUGUCUAAGGAUACUUUAUUAUGUUGAAACUAAGUAAACUGAUGAAUCUGAAAUAUAAAGGCAGUGUUGUCUGCAUGUAUAAUUUGAAUGCAGUACAAACGAUGAUAUUGUGUUGUGUAACACUGGUUUUGGAACAAAAUGAAUAGGCCACUUUGUGAAGAAAAUCUGGAUUUUUCUUUUCAGUUUUUUUAAAAAGAAGUUUACAGUCUUGAGGAAACUAUUCAGGUCUAUCAUUUGAUUUGAUGGAUUUUUAAAAAUUAUUUUUGGUAACGUUAAAAAAAAAAAAAUACUUAAACCUCAAGGUUUUUUGUACCACUAUAGUAACUAAAUACUUUAAAUAAUAUUUACAGUGUACUUAAUUUACUUAUGUGCCUUAUAAUGUGCUUAUAAUGAAUAGGUUAGUUUAUUUUCUUAAGUAUCUCUAAAAAUUGUAUUGUGGGCUUGGUGAGAGAGAUUAUUUCUAUUCUUUAUUUUCUCGUACUAAAUGUUGUGUGUUCAGUUUUUUUCUUGUCUAAAGUCUGAAAUGCUUAUUUGCUCUACUAACAGAUGACAUGUGCCUGCAAAUGGACAAUAACCCUGCACAUAGUCUGCUGUUUUUUUGUUUUUUCCAGGUCCAAUUUAAUAACCACCAAGUGAAAAACUAAAACUGUGUGAAAACAGAAUCUUGAGUAGGCUUUAAAUUAAUGUUACAGAAUUUUCCUGCACAUGCCGCAAGACAUUAAAGGAAUUUCACUGACAACAUUUUCUACUGUAUGAUAGAACCCCAUGCAUUUGUGAUUUUUGUUGUUUGAGGCUGAUCUAUAUAUGUGCAUACCAGCUUUAUACAAAUGGCACACAUUACACCAUUUUGUUGUAGUGUCAAACGCAAUCUGAUAUAAAUAAAACAUAUAGGCUAGGAGGACCCCAACAGUUACCUAAACAUUUAUGGCUCUAUUAGAAUAUCUCAGAAUACCUUGAAUAUGCUUUCUCCUUCUUUACUUAAACAGUACAAAAUGCAAAAUUACAAACCAUAUCUUCAUGAAUGUCUGUAAAUCAGCACUGAGUAUCAACAUCUGCUGUUUGCAAGAAUAUGUACAGGUGUUUAAUAAGGUUAUGAGUUAGUUCUUAGCUGGUCUAAGUACAAAUGGUGGAAUUAAUCAAGUUCCCAAUUUAAGGACUUUUUUCACUGCACUGAAUAUGGUUUGUCAAAUAAACAGUGUUUAACUUUUCACUCCAAAUUGUUGCCGACGGCAAAAAGUUCACAAGCCUUAAGUUCUUAAGUAUUUUUUUUCUUAUUUAUGGACCAAUUAUGAGAGUUUUACUUAACUUUAAGAAAAUUGAGCAAGCUAAAUUUCUAUGGGAACAAAAACCAAAACGUUUCAUGUUAAGGGAUGACUGAUACAUAAGCAUUAUUGGGAAAGUGUUAUACAAUAAAAGUGGGUGGGAUAAUUAUAGCACCAUGUGAAUUUUAUCUGACCCUGUAAUAAAACUUUACUUUGUAUAGUGUUGUAUGUUAAUAUUAUUUUGAACUCAGGUAACAGUACAGAAAUGCUGAAAAGGUUUUCCGCCGCAUCUGAAAGCACCCCCUGCAAUGUAUAUAGUGUAAUUUUAAUUUUGUAGCUGGUUCUUUUUAUGUGACCAAUUAUAAUUAGACAUGGGGGAAACUUGAUCAAUUCCACCCCUGUAUUUCUACAUGUCCUUGUUCAUUAUGGGAAAGCUAACUGAUGUAAGACUAUUCACUUUUUAUUUCUAUUCUAAACUGGUUUUAUUGCCACUGGAAUUGUUUUUACCAUUUGCUUGAUAUAUAUUUGCAAUAAGAUAGAGAGGUGCUGGAAGAUGUAUAUUUUCCAUUCAUGUGCAAUUGUCCUGUUUUGCUGGUUGAUUGCAAAAUCAAUUGCAGCACGCAGUAUCUUCCUGAGUCAGCAGUCAGGAGCCUCCUUUUUCAGACUUCUUUGUAUGACAUGAUUUUCAUAUAUCUUCCCUGAUUGUAUUUUUUUUUUAUUCUGCCCUCUGUAUUUGAAAGAACAAACUGUACUUCCUUAUUGGAUUGUUGUGUAGACUAUUGAGUUUAAGAAUUUCUUUGAUUAUCAUUUAAACCAGGAGAGUUGAUUGAUGCUGAUUGGUUUCCAGAAUAUAUUGUAUUGUAGGGCUUUCUACUAAAUGCUUAAGUCUUCCUUAUAACAGAGUCCAACAGUUGUUCAUACAAACUAUAAGCUGUCUGUGGGGAAAAGAUAAUCAGCAUUAAUUUACUGUAUGAUGUGUUGCUAGAUGGUACUGUCACGAGAACAUAACUACGUUUUUUUUUCAUUGACGUUUAUAAUGAGUUUUCUCCAACAGUAAGUGAGUUAUGUUUGUUUAUUCCAACCCUAAUGCUCUUUUCUUACUGUAUCAGAAGGCAUCAGAAGCCUAUUUUGCUUCUUCAUUGCUUCUUUCUGUAUACUUACAAAUCACUGCAUUUAAGACACCGCAAACAAAAUGUACAUUUUGGUGCAGCUGAUGGCCUUUAUGUCCUCUAAGGUAUUAAGACAUUUUAUCAAGUUAACGUGAGUGAUUAAAGUGCACUUUGCUAAGGUACCUGGGAUUUUGAGUGUUUUUUUCUGUAAACUCUCCACUACUCAACCCAGAAGCAGCAUGGCAUGGCAACCCACACUAUGCAUGGCAUGACCAGUAGAAAACUACAAUUUCUGUCCAAAUACAAAGGCAAACCUUGUCUGGUCCUAUAACAAAUUAUAUAUUAUCAAUGUUAAGGCCAGAUGUUCUAGAUAUGACUUGAGAGGCAAAAUGUAUGACUUCUCAACCAGUUCUCUUUAAAUUAAGUCUUAUUUAAGGUGUAUUUAAAUAUGUAUGUUUAUUUGGUGUUUUUUGUAGUGCCGAGUUAGUUAUAAUCUUCAUUAAAAGAGAUAGUGAUUUAUCUGUUGCUUCUGAUUGGCAUAUGUAUUGUUAUUCAUGACUAGAGAAUUGCUGUGCUGUUUUGUUUUAAGCAAUUUGUGUUUAUUUUUUAUGUUUAAUUUUCAAUAUGAUUGUAUUUUCUUAAUAGAGAUAGCCAGGACAGUUCUUUUCUUUCUCUGUUUUCCUAAUAGAAAUAGCCAUUUCUUUCUCUGUUCUGACUAGACCAUAAUUUGCAUUUGUUAGUUUUAGAAGGACAAUAUUUGCUAUAACAAGUAAUUUUUGCAGGAUAGCAGUAUGCACAAUCCUGAUUCCAUCUCUAAAAGUCAGAUUUGUUAAGAUUCCAAAAUGCAUCUCCAAAUUGAUAGAAAUAGUAAAAUAUUUCUCGUUUUUUUUAUGGAUAUUUAUAAUGAACUUUCUUGUGUGUGAAAACGCCCAGAAAAAUGUUUCUCACAUUGUACAAGGUUACCAUAAACUUUAAAAGAAAUGGAACCCAGGUAUUCUCAAGAACACUUAAGUGAAGUAAUAGAUUGUUUUUUCUAGAUAAUCUUAUGUUUUUCUUAACGUUUAAUAAAAUCAGCCCUUUUUCUGCCUAGGGUCUCUUUUUGCUUCCUCUGCAUGCAUAUUAAAGUGGCUAUAUGGGAGGAGAUAUGAUUGGGUAGUUUGGCUGAUUUUAAUUUUUUUUGCUUUACCAUUGCCAUAUCUGUACAUACCUGAGUGUGUGGGGAUCCGUUCUGAUUCUGGUCUGUCCAGUCUACCAUUGUCUCUAAUUGUUUCAGUGGGGCAUUGGAAUAUUCACAGGUGACACUUCCCUAAUUUUGUCCAUUUACAUGUUUCAAAAUAAUAGUGUCAUCUUUUUAGAUAAUGCAGUCUGCCCAGUUUAUGAUCAAUGAAGUAUUACAUUGUUUUCACAAUAAAUGCAGCAUGCAGUAUUGUGUAAAAAAGGUUAUAAUUUGUAAAUACAGCACUGAAUCAACCAACGCUUCCUUCUGUCCCAGCAUCAUAGUACAGUGAUAGGCAUGGCAUCAGUCUGUUAGUGCACAGACAGGCCAUAUUUUGGCUCAGAAUCUCAAAAGUAUGCAUUUUUGCACUGAAAAGUGCUCUGUCUUUGCACUAACAAGCCAAUGCUAUGCAGUGUACAGUGAUGCUGGGGCAGAAGGAUCCGGAUCUCUGUUUUCUCCCCUGAGGGUAGAGCUGCCUCGCCCGACAUGGCCUCACACCUGGGCAUAUGGGGCAUUGUCUUUCCUAACAUAUUUACAGCUAGCUCAGAAUGCCCCAAACAGCUUUUGAUGCCUCCAAUAAACUGUAAUAAGAACUUGCCUAAAAGUGCUCUUUAGCCUAAAGUUUCAAAGCAUCACUAUUGAAUAGUAUAUCCAUCAUUUGUGUUGUGCUUUUUUUGUAAAGACUAUAUGUUGUAAACUGUGAUCCCCUGUAGUUUCCUGUAAUUAUAAUUAAAAAUCGCAAUUAUAUUGUUUCUAGACAGUAGGCUUUCUAUUUACAUUAAAUGGACUCAAGAAUUAGAGGGAUCAUUAAGAGAUUGGAAUGGUAUGAAUAAGACAACCCAAAUCAAAGUAAUACCCUAUUUUUGUUUGCUGAAAAAGCAUUUUAGAAUAUAUAAAUAUGGUCUAGUAGUGCUAGCAGAAAAUCUUGUUUAUUUUUUUAUUCUUUGAAGGGACACAAGUACACUUUAACUAAAAUUAUUCUUGUCAACCAAUGGGAAUCAUACUUUUCCUUUAGGCCUAUGGAGUACCAGGCUGUUUUUAUGUAGAAAUACGGGAAGAAAAAAGCAAAGCAAGCUGAUCUGCUCACAUCCCUUUUUGCUGUAAGUGCACUGACAGCAUGGUGUUGGCCUGUGUGCACAUGAAGUGUAUUUCAGUGCAGGAGCACAAAAAAAUGUGCAAAAUCUGCUUAGUGUGCACACCGGCCAAUACUGAUUGUCAGCACAUUUACUGCAGGUAUCGGCAUUGGUUUUUUUCUUCCUGUAUUUCUAAAGAAACAGGGAAACAGAUUGGUGUUCCAUUAGCAUUUACAUUUUUAUCUGUAGAAUACCUGGACUUCCGUUCCUAUUUACAGCAAUUGUGCCAUGUGCAACAACUAUAUUUCCAGUGUGGCGAAGAUUAGUAUGGGAUGGAAUUGUGCAUGCCUGUACAAGGAAAAUAUCAGGUCCUUGAGAAAAAGGUGCUAGUGUUUGUAGAAACUGCUCCAAAAGAUCUAUACAGAUUUUAACAAAAAACUGUGUUCCAUAUUUCACGCCUUAUUGUACUGAAUUACAUCUUAUAUAGGUUGUAAAACUGGGUAUAAACAUGGGCCCUUCUGCCUGUUUGGCAAGGUCAUCAAACAAGUAGACCUUUGCCCAGUUUGGUAAUUCACCCUCUAAUGGAUUAUACUGUUGGCCUGUAAAGGACAUAUACAGUAAUUCCAAUGCUAUUUUCUAAAUGGCCCAAUAUGUAUUUGAUCAAUUUUUGGGUUGGAAAUUGAAUGACUUAUAAGUUGAAAGGAAUAUAUGCUUCUGUGUACACAUACGAGUGAGGAAAUGAGAAAUCUCUGGUUCCCCAACUAAGUGAUCCUAUCAUCCUAUAGUUACUUCUCACGUUAUCAUUCAAGAGGUCCUGUUUAUAUAAUAUUAGGUUUAGGGCUUUUGCGUACUUUUCCUCAUCUAAGCCACUAUGGUGAAGGUUAAUUGAUUUUGGUUUGUUUUAUUGAAAAUAGUCUCUAAACUUCAGUGUACAUCUACAAUUUCUAUCUAUAAAGCAACACAUGACUUUGAUAUAAAGGAUAUAAAUUAGUCACAUUAUUAAUAUGAAUGGACUCCACUGUAAGCAUAAAGUGUCCGUAUAUUUCCAACAAUGAAUUAAACUCCCUUUAAAACUAAAUCACCUAUUAUUUUCAGGCACAAGUAAACCCUUUUUAUUCUUUCCCUUUAAGCAGACCUGUUUUGCUGUUUUAUGAUGGGAUAUCCAACUGUCCAUAAUUUACUUAAAAUCAUAAAACAGAUGGCCGGUGCCUUUUGUUUGAAGAAACAGAUUAUAUUAAGAUAUUUUUUUUUGGGUCAUUAGUCUCUUGGCAAAAUGUGUCUGUGAACGUCAGUUAUAGAGGAACUGCAGUAUAAUUUUAGCUUCUAGCAAAAAAGUAAGAAGUACUAGAAAGCAGAAGUGAGGCGGAAUUUAGUUAUGGUUUUCUUUUUGUCCCUAUGCAUAUAAAGGGUUUAUUGUUAAACAAUGAACUGAAGAACUCAGCCGGGCAUAGUUAGUCUCCCAUGGGCCUGGGCAUGAAGAAUAAAGUAAGGGUUCAGUUGUCUGUAGUGACUUUUACCUCAGCUGUAUGUUGGAAGUACAUACAGUAUCCUGUUUAUGAAUAGCAUUUAUCUCUCCAGUGUUAAUUUAUUAAGAGAGUAAAGUAGGAAGAAUACCUUAGGCUAAUGGUGCACCAGAUGUUUUUUAUCACUACCUGUAGAGUAGCAACUGUCCCUGCCAUUGCCUUGAAUGGCAACCACUUGUGUGUGCAGGUAGAUUGCAGCUUAAAGUCCAUUUGUGCUCACAGUGAUAGGUGGUUGACAUUCAAGUAAAUGUCACAGCACUGGCAGCGACAGUCAUUUUUCUAAUAGUGUAGAACACAUCUGGUGUGCCAUUAGCCUUCUUGUGUACACACCCCAAUAACUGUAUAUUUGUGAGCAGUAUCUUCUUAGUUUUCUUUGCAGAUAUAACCUUGAUUCAUAGAUGACAAAUCAACAUCAACCUUAGGGGAUUAUGGAUGCUGCUGUUUCCAUUGUUGACUAUACAGAAUCCAGCCUUACCUUCAAGAAAACCAAUAUUGCAGAUCAUUCUUGCGAUGUGUGUAAUGAUUGUCAUUUCUGGCCAUGCCUUGCUGUCAGCCUUUUGUAUGAGAGAACAAAAUCCUGCUCACAUAUUGUAACAGGCUUGUUUUUUUUCAGGGCUUUAUUAAUAGAAGCAGGGUGGAAUGAGGACCAACUUUUAUGUGCCUUCAAUUUUACAGAUAUUUUGUGAAAUAGAUUUAUUUUGAGUGUUUUUUAUUGAAUGGGUGGUAUACUGAUUUUACUGGAAAUAAACACUGUUGGGCUGCUUUUAUAUGAUCUUGAGGCCUACAACACUUUCCUUUGACUAAUGAAACAAAACUGAUCUCACAGUGCAAGUUGUACCCUAGGCCCACUGGUUUGAGCCAUGUCUAAAGCUGUGAAACACAAUGAAACACUCUCCAGUUUUAAAAGAAAUAUGGUCUCCUUAUAAGCAACAGUAGCAUUGGAUACUAUUUCUCUUGGUUUUGUGCAAAGGUCUACCUCACUACAGACCUGACACUUUGCUUGCAGCAAGGCUUCCUCUAGUGUACUGCUUGUCACUGGGUGCUCAGCCCUGACUCACAGGAAUGUUCCUAUCUAAAUAAAGUAAAGACCUCCAGCAGGCUGAACCACAGAUAUUUGGUCCAAAAAGUGUCAGGACUGUGGUGGGCUAAUCAAAUACAUAUAAUACACAUAUAAUCUAUAGGUGUUGGUAUCACUAAAGAAUGGCCCACCCAUAUUCUUCAAGGCAGAACAUCUGUGUUGAUAUCUGAUUUCAUUUUAUUUUUUUACUGUUUUUUCUUUUCUUCCAGUUUCCGUUAUGUAUGUUUUGUUCUUGAGCCCAAGGUAGCACAAAGUUAUGACCAAGUGCAUUCUCGAAAUGUAUCUCUAGAAUGUCACCUCAUUGCUCUGACCAAAGAUGUCUGUCCUGUUAUUAUGAAGACAUGGAUAAUAGUUUUUCUUUUGUGCUGGUUAAAACAAAUGUAUCCUUCAUGAAAAAAACUGAAUUCAAAGUGGCCUUUACCGCUUUUCUGUUCUUUUCCUACUUCACCUGACCAUGUAAAAAUCCAAUUUAAUUGUGAACAAAAACGUUUCUCAUAUAAGAGCAGACAGAUUGAUGGGCAGUCUUUCAGUACUGUACUUCCAGAUAUGGCUGGCUUACUUAGCAUUCUCGUUGUUUGAGGUUUCAUUACCAAGAAUGUUCAUCUGACUUUCAAAGAAAAUGCUGUAAAUAUUUGUAACUUUUUUUUAAAAAUAAAACUGGCAGAAAAAAAGAUGGUUUUGGGAACAAUUUAAAGUAAAAGUGCUUUUAUAAGAAUAAUCACAUGUCUUGUAUAUUUUGAUAAGCAACCGUACCAGCUUUUGUUUGUGACAAUGGAAUGGGUGGGCGGGUAAAAAGAUUCCAUGUAUGUUACAAUGACUUGUGUUAUAAAAUGAAAAGCAAAGACAAAUAUUAAAAACAUAUUUUCUAA